CGGUAUACAAAUGUAAUAAUAAUAAUAACAACUCAGCCCAAACCUGAGCAACCUACAUAAACCCUUUCCCCUCUGAAACCUAUUUAUAAAGAAAAGUUUGACAAUUUGGAUUUGGAAGAAAAUAACACAAAGAACAAUUUGUAAAUUUGAUUCACUGAAAUAGCAGAUUUUGAUUCCACCAUGUGAAUUUCCCUAGUUUAGAAUACAGAACUUGCUUAUGAAACAAACACAAUUCCAUUUGCAGCUACAGCAGCAAAGAAACUUGAAUGCCUUUUUUUUUUUUUUUUUUACUGUUAGGACUGAUUUCUAUGUCCAGGAAUUUAAAAAAUAGCACAGAUGCUCACCAGUGUUUUGAGAAGGAAGAGGCAGGGAGGCUGUCUGACUAAUUUAGAAACACGGCUAUUCCGGGCAAAUCAUUUUUUUUCCUACCUAGGGAAAUUCUCACUCCCCGCCUCCUCAGUAACAUUUUGCUGGGCACAGUAUAAAAGGCACAGGGCUCAUGGCUCACAGUUAAGUAUCAGCAAGUGAAAGCUGUAAGACGGGUCAUCGGCCAAAACCUAGAAUACUGACCUCACCAAGAACACAGACUCUAUAUCAAGGCAGCUACACCAGCAUACUUCUGAGAAUCAGGAUUCUGCAGCCAUUGUUGUAAUAAUUCUGCAAAUUCAACUCAAGGGAGGAAGAAAAAAAGCUUUAUAGUCAGUUCCUGCCAUAAUGAACGCCCUUUGGUUCCUAUCUGCUCUCACCUAUGGACUUUUGUUGCUUAAGGAAAGCACCUGCUGGACAUAUCAUUAUUCACUUGAAACCAUGAAUUAUAUAGAAGCUGAGAAAUGGUGUAAAACCCACUUUACCCACCUGGUUGCGAUUCAAAAUAAGGAGGAAAACGAGUACUUAAACAAAGAGAUCCCUUAUAAUGGAUCGUACUACUGGAUUGGGAUCAGAAAAAUUGGCAAUGUGUGGAGGUGGGUGGGAACGAACAAGGCAUUGACUGAAGAAGCUAAAAACUGGGCAAAAGGUGAACCAAACAACAAAGGGAAAAACCAGGACUGCGUGGAAAUCUACAUCAACCGAAUACAAGAUGCAGGAAAGUGGAAUGAUGAACGUUGCAGCAAUAAGAAAAGGGCUUUGUGCUAUACAGCCUCCUGUAAUCCGCAUUCCUGCAGCGGCCAUGGCAAAUGUGUGGAGACUAUUAAUAAUUACACCUGCCAGUGUGAUACAGGAUUCUACGGGCGCAAUUGUGAACAUGUAAUUACCUGUGACACACUGAAAAAACCAGAUCAUGGUACCUUAGAAUGCAGCCACCCAGUGAAGGAUUUUAGCUACAACUCGUCUUGUCAUGUUCAAUGCACCGAAGGCUACAAAUCCACUGGACUGGAACCCGUAUUGUGCACCGAUUCUGGAAACUGGUCUGCACCCACCCCUUUGUGUAAAGUUGCGGAAUGCCAUGCGCUCCAGACACCUGCUCACGGGUUCCUCAACUGCUCCCACCCCUCUGGGAAUUUUGCCUGGAAUUCGUCGUGUGAGUUUGGCUGUAAAGAUGGCUUCGUCUUGAGUGGCUCCAGCAGGCUGCAGUGUCAGGCAUCUGGAGAGUGGGACGGACAACAGCCAGCCUGUGAAGCGGUGAAAUGUGAAGUGGUACCUUCGCCUGAAAAUGGCUCUGUGAGUUGCUCCCAUGUGGACGCAGAACUGACCUACAACUCAACCUGUGAUUUCGUGUGUGAGCAGGGCUACACCUUAAGAGGAUCACCUCAAAUUCAGUGUUCAUCCGAGGGACGCUGGUCACAGCCAAUCCCUGCCUGUGAAGCUGUGGAGUGUAGUGAACUGAAACCUCCGGCUCAUGGCUUCUUGAACUGCUCUCACGCUCCUGGGAAUUUUUCCUGGAAUUCAACCUGCAAGUUUGCUUGUGCCGAAGGGUUUGCUCUGAGAGGGUCCAGUGAGCUCCAGUGCGGUGCCUAUGGAGAAUGGGAUGGACAAAAACCAGAGUGUGAAGCAGUGAAAUGCGAGGUGGUACAUCAGCCCGAAAGGGGCUUUGUGAACUGCUCCCCCCUGGACACAGAUCCAAGCUACAAUUCAGUCUGCGAAUUUAGUUGUGAGGAGGGCUACACCUUGAGAGGAUCAUCCAAAAUUCAAUGCACAUCCAAGGGACACUGGUCAGAGCCAAUUCCUGUUUGUGAAGCAAUACAGUGUGAAAUACUGACACCCCCUGAGAACGGCUUCUUGAAUUGUUCGGACCCUGGUAGACAUUUUGUCUACGGCACAAUUUGUGAGGUCAGCUGUGCAGAGGGAUGGGCGCUGAAUGGUCCCCACAGACUCCAUUGCCUGGCUGCAGGAAACUGGACGUCAAGUCUUCCCGCAUGUGGAGCUCCUUCAGCAUCUUCAAGAAACGUGACAACUGCAGCCACAGUCACUUCGGCCUCGUUGCUUUCAAUAGGAUCGUUCCUUAUUUGGCUCAUGAAGCGUUUUCGGAGGAAAGUGAAGAAAUUUUCUCCUGCCAGCAGUUGCUACAGCGUGAAUUCGGAAGCUACUUUUGGUCACCUGAUUUAAUUCACUCAGGAUUUCAAGCUGUCUUCUCUGGAGUAUGUGAGGAAGGAGAAUGAAGAAUGGCCACAAGUCAGGCAUCAGAAGUUCUUGUGUUUUAUCAGUAAGAACAGCCUGAGCUAAACAUUUGCUUUCUGCAAGAGAAUAUGGCAGUGCCAGUGUCCAUCAGGCUUCUCAGAGCAUGGACAAAGAUCAAACAUGGCGCCUCUGGCAGAGAGAUCUGUCAUCCUGGAACUGAAGAGAAGGUACCACAGAAACCUGAGAAAAAUCUUCCUGCUACACCAAAGCCAUCUGCCACCUACUGGACAUCUCUAUUGAUGAAGUUGCGUCAGAUGAGGAAGAGCACUGAAUAGUCAGUGUGGAAGAUAUUUGAACAGCUAGUUCCCUUUCAUUUCAAUGAGUCUAGCAGGGAGAUAUUUUCCUGUGGAUAAUUACCCACAUUUCGUGGGAUAAAAUAGUUCUUUGUAUAAUGCUUAGAGUUCAAAUGCAGUAGUGGAAAAAUUCACAUUCCGCUUCUUAACUUUUAAAUGCAUAUGUUGAAAUCCUCACCCAGAAUUUUGCUUUUUGGUUGCCAUACAAAAUAGUUGAUCUAUGCCAAAGUCCAAAUAUAUAUAUAAAAAGAUGACUGUUUUGAUUUUAGAUUCUGCUUGGAGAUGGGUUUUAGAUUUGCACCUUUGAAUGGGAAACAUUUUGUUUCACAUCCUAAAAGUGUUUUUUGAAACCCAGACUUCAAGUUCUUAUAGUCACCGAUAUUUGCCGAAAAAUAAAUGUGGAUGAGUUUCACCUCUUCCUCCUGGUGUGGAAGAUAUUAUUUUGUUUUAAGUGUGCUCUAUUUAUUUAUUUAUAUUUAUUAAACUUAUUAGUUGCUUGUGGCCUGAAGAUCUCCAAGUGACUUACAGCAAUAUAUAUAU